CGCUUCCCACACCCCCUUCUUUUCCACCCCUUUUAAACUUUUUUUUAUUAUUUCAGCAUGGUCGAAAAAGAAAAAUCAUUUUCAGAAAUUUACCAAACGUUUCUUUCUCGACAAGAAUCACAGCAUCAUGACGCAUUCACAGCCGCAUGUAACGUUUGGUUACAAUUCGACACCCUCCGAGUACCCUAUUUUUUUUUUUUUUUUUUUAAAAAAAAAGAAACGAACACGCUUGAUUACUCACUAACAGAAAUCAUAGGAUCAAGCAAGUCGAUUAGCGAUCCUGUACAUUUUAUAUAGUCAAUACUCCAUGGUACCCAUCGACCGUAAUCCUUUUUUAACGUUUUUCUUACAACUCUUGGAACACCCUUUUUCUGACACAGAAGAUCAUUUUAUAUAUUGCAUAUUGGAAGACACUGUCUCUCGCCUGGAAGAUCUUUCCCCGAAGGAAAUAUGCGAGGAUGUAGGUAAAUUACCCGACAUUCAAAAGGAUCCAAAAUACCUGGAACUGCUUCAACUUAAAGUAGCCCGUCUCAUCCACGACCCGAGCAUUGUGAUAUUGGAUGAAAAGAUUUCCAGUAUACUAAGUAGUGCAUGUACACGUACAUUAACACUGAAAGAAAAUGAGCAACUAAGGAUGGAACAACGUCUGUCGGAUUAUCCAUUAUCGAGCAUGAUUCCACCUGAGGGACUGACGGACUUGAUUGAGAUAAACCAGUUUUCUGCACUUCAUAUCGUACCUCACCUGUUCCAAUGCGAAUCAUCUCCCCUAUACCAACAAGCAUUAUUAAAUACGCGUGUGACGAUAAACUCGUUGGAAGUGGUUCAUCACGUGCUUGUUAAUCAUGGUGUGCCUGUCCCUGCAGACUUUAUCCACUAUUAUAUCUCGCAUAGUAUCCAAUCCUGUGAACAAUGCAGCAAUAAGGACCGUCAAGUGAAGCAAGUAGCUCGUUUCAUUCAAUCUCUGUUAGAAAAAGACUUGAUUCAGAUGAAGGAGUACUACAUAGAGAUUCAAUCUUUUUGCCUGUCAUUUAUUAAAUUAAAGGCUGUAGCUAAUUUAUUUCGUCUGGCAUCACAAGAAGCGCAACAACAGCAACAGCAAAAAUAAAAUUUUAAAAAAAAGCAAGUCAUACUUUUUUUUUUUUU